AGUCGAAGAUAAGCAAAUCUAAACAUGCGGGCGAUAUUGCUAUUCGUUAUCGUAACUUGUGUUAUGUUCGAAGUGGCUAAUGCUACACCAGGAUUUCUCGAGGCUAUGGUGGAACAUUGUCCAUUAUUAAGCUGGCUUUUCCCAAAAGAUUGUUGCUGUGAUCAUGACAAAAGUUGUUGUCCAACCACGACUACCACCACCACCACCACCACCACCACCACCGCUGCCACCACAACCGCCGCCGCCGCCGCCAGCACAUAAAAUGCGAGCAUAAAACACGGCAGCUGGCAACGAGGCGCAAACAUAACUCUAUUAUUUACACCGUAGAAAUAAAAAAAAUGGAAGAAGUGGGGGUAACUUGUUAAAAUGCAAACU